GAGUGAUGGGGCGAUGGCGCUGGCGCGAGCGCCUCCGGCGGGCGGCGUUGAGGCCGCUCCGGCGCUGGAUUGUUGGCGCGGAUGACUGCGCGAUCGAUAUUUCGUGGAGCUUGUCCGGUGUGGAGCUCCGUCUCGGUAAGUUUGAGCUGAUUCCGGAAGCUGUCAAUGCCGAGGCGCUGCUAUCCUCGCCUCUCGUCCUGCGCCGGGCCUCAAUUGCGUCUGCGAGGCUUGCAUUCUCACUCAUCGGGUCGCCGGCAAUCGCCAUUGUCAUCGAGGGCCUCGAUGCCGAAUGCUCUGCACGAGAUGCUGAGGAUUCAUAUUGGAAAAAUACAAUUGCGGAUCGUGGCGCUCACCAGCGAUUGGAAAGGCUCGCGUCAAUUGAUCCAGAGGGUGCUAGCGAGCACUCGAGAGCAAAACUAAAGGAGGAAAACCGCACUGGUUUCUUCCUACUUUUGCUGAUAUCGUUCUUGCUCUCAGCUGUGAAAGUCGAGCUACACGAUGCGAAAAUCUCUCUCAGGUCUCGUCAAGGCUACGAAACCUGUAUUUCGUCUACGCAGCUGGUUGUCGGAGAAGAAAUGCCGAGCGGGUUUUUCAAGGGAAGCAUGUUUGGGUCAUUGAGCAACAUGGUGGUAUACAGUCGGAAAAAGGCUACAAAAGCUUGCAGCGCGUCACGGGUAAGCGUUACUUUCAGAGACAGCCGCCGGCAAGAGCAAGUCAGGGGUGACGAGGGAAAUGCCGUGUUGAUGGUGAUGGUUUGGCUUUCGUUUGGUGUUUGGGAGGAUUCUUUCUGUGGACUCACAGUGAGUAUCCCAGAGGCAGUAGGGGGACUGGACUCUAGCGAGCUGGAUUUAGUUUUGCUGCUGCUGGCUGAGUUGGAAGGGCCGUCAGGGAGGCUUACGUCCGCGUCGAGCAGCGGUGGAAUAUCGUCUCCCGGUUGUAGAAACGCGAAAGAGCUUUGGGCAUGGGCAGUGUCAAAGGUUUUACGCGAGUCUCCAAGACGAAGACUAAGUGCUAGCUUUGAAGCUGGUAUCCUCCGUCGGCGUUACUGUUCUCUUUAUGGUGAUUGGCUUCAAAAUGUUGGCUGGUGCAGUAAGUCUCAACGUCUGGAUCGGGCAGAACAUUUUAAGAAGUUAUCAUCAUCCGUCGCUGAGCUUGAGAAGAAGCUACCAGUUGAAGCAGUGGCUCUUGCUCGUCGGAUUGCACGGAGACGAGUUUUUCUGAAGGAAUCCAAUGCAGUGAAGCAAGACGAUGUUUCGCAGGGUUUUUUGAAAAGAAAAUGGGCCGGGUUUCUAAGGGCAGUAGGAUAUGACAGAGAUGCAGUUGAGAAAAAAUGGGAAGAGCAACAGACAAGUGACAGAAAAAGCCAGGAUUUUUCGUUGGACUUUAGCCGUGGUUCUCUGGUAUUCGUAGGUGCUGGAGACGUAUCGGUUUGCCUCAGAUGGAAGAAAAUGUCCGUGGUCUACCGUUCAAACAAGGAUCGGAGAGAAACAGUAGUUGUUCUAGGUAGCUUACGCGGAGAAAUACUGAGCAAAAGCAUCGAAGGCAGAGGGAAGUUUUCAUACGAAACAAGUACGGAAUGUAGGCUACGUUGGAAUGACAGAGCAUCGAGUGGGUUUCUUUUCUUUUCAAGUUCGCCCUUCGAACAUCAGCAAGCAGCUAGAACGCUACAGAAAUACAAUGUCGGUCUUCAAGAGAAGCACGCCUCCAGAAAUUAUGAGGAAACUCGGAACUGGCAAACGAAGUUGUGGAAACACUACAGCGAUGACAAGAAGAUACAGAGAUCUUUGGAUAGCUUGGUGGGGCCUUUCCUGGUGGUCUUCUAUGGAACUGCGCCGGAAAACAAUCGACUGCCAGACACAAGUAUGAUCGUUACUGUAGGAAAAGUGGACAUGAGCUUCAGGUAUGCCAUGUUUUCCAAGCUUCUUCCGAUCUUGACGGAACUCAGAAAACUCGAGCACUCUGGACAACCGUCAUCUAAAGACAUACACAAGGCUAGCACCUCUGCACAUAGUGUUUAUAGGGAACAGAUGGAGUUGUGCCGAAGCUUGGUUUUUUCAGCUGUUCCCGAGACUCGAAUGCAACUCACAGCCGUUGUUGAGAACGUUCGACUGACGUUGGAAGUAUCGGAAAGUGAGCUGCCAAUCCAAAAUGUGAAAUUGAAGCCGUUGGUUUUAGACGUCGGCUAUUUCGAGUUCGCACUUUGGCCUGCGGUCGAGCAUAACCAGUGGAUAAGGCCUCUUCGCUUACAAGAACAGCCGCCUACGCGAAAAGACGACUUGGACCGUGACAGUUUUGCAAGCAACCUACUUGUGUACAUAAAUGGCAGUAGAUUCAGCACGCAGUCGGAAAAUUUUGUUGGGCCUUUGAACGUAACGGUGGAGUCUUCAUUUCAAAGGGAAAACUGCACGUCGCUCUUCGAAUCUCUCAAGUCCGUGGCAUUGACGGCUGGCUUGGCAGCACCGUCUUUUGACGUCUGCUUGGACAUCAGCAAAGCGACAACUGCUGUCCAGAUCCUUAUUUGUUACUUCGAGGCUGCUAAGAAUGCUGCUUCGCACCUGUACGAUUCGACUACCGAGAGUGAAAGUGACAAUGAUGCAAUUUCUACAGAUGAAACCUUUUCGCUCGAUCUUAGCUUCAACCUUCAAAGCUUCAAGGUUUAUUUUGGCGACUUGGAAGCUAGUCGACAAUCGGGGGAUACAGAAACGAGCCUGGGAAUUGGAAUUUUGGCCGUAAACAGCUUAUGCCUUGAUUUUACAGCCGGUAGCUGGUCUUCUACAGGUAUUUCCUUGAAGUUCCAGAAGAUGCAGAUCUCCAUUGUUCCCACAAAUAUGAACUUCGAGCAGGUAUUGAAGGGACAGUGCAAAUCCUCUCUCAAAACUUUUUGUGCGGAUCAUUUUACUCUUGCUUUCGACGGAUCCGAAGCUUCUGCUGCUGAAGUUGAAAAGUUUUGCUGUUCAACAACAAUUGACGUGGGAUUAAUAUCCACAGCAGGUUGUCAUCUCGAGCAAAUUCUUGCAAAAGCGAAGCAACAUCCAUCGACAGCAGAGAGCAUGCACGUCGUAUUGACAUUCACUGACGGCUUGUCGGUUGAAGUAGAGGCCGGUCUAGCUAUAUUCGAGACUAUUGCUACAGUUGAUGUUCUCAACUUUGUAGCCAGCUAUGCUGAAUGUGUCGGGAAAAAGCUUGAACCGGUGAUAACUUCUGUUGAUGGCGUAAGUACAAGUGCUAGCGAGCUUGAACGUUCGUAUUCAUUUCCUGAAGGAAGACAGCUGGUGGUAGCCCCUUCUCGAUCACAAUCAACUCCUCCCGAGUUUUUGCAAGUGGAAGAGGACUUUGGUGUGGAGGGCUUAAUGUCUUUCAAAGUUUCUCGACUCUCGGUGGUUCUUUCUGCAGCUGGCACACAGACCGUGGAAGGCGUACUUUUUGUGGUUGGUGCUCACGCAGAUAUCACAUCUGCAAAAGGAUCUUACAAGAUCAAAGCAGCCGUAAGCCAGUUCACGGCGAUCAGUUUGAGGUCUGACAAGCAACGUCUAAACGAGAGGUCUCAUGGUCGGGUCCCACAGUUUGGUUUCAACGACACUGGUGAAAGCUCUAGUGAUACGGAAAGCUUUCAUCGCGAUACUUCAUGUAAGGACGACGACAAGGCCUCCGACAUGAACUGUUUAUUGGAUAACUUGACGGUCUCGGCUACGUUAAAUAGACAAUGCAGGAAAGGUGUGGAUCCCAAAUGGGAAAAGUCUUGGCGAGGACAGAUAGCUGUCAGUGGAUUGAAUAUUGCAGUGACAACCUAUGAACUACAGAUGCUAGUAAGCAUUGGGAAGCCGUUAAGCCAUAUAUCAUUAUCCAAAAGUAAAACGGCAAAUAUUCAUAAGCCUAGUGGACAAAACGUUGAAAAGAUAUUACGUGAUACAAUUCUUGAUGGGGCAAUUGUCGCAUUGAAGGACGCUCAAGAACAUCUUUAUCUUUCUGUCGAGGACUCUUCGUCUCAAGGCCAGUUUCAUUUAGGCGGUGCUUGGCAUUACUCAGUGGCAGGGGAAAGAGCUUUAUUUAAGGUUAAAUUUCACGAGAAGAACAAGGAUAUACAAUGGUUUUCCUUGGUUUCUCUUUAUGCCAAAAGUUCUACUGGCGUACCUCUUCGGGUUCAUUAUGAACAGGGGUCACGGCAGCUUCAGAUAUCCUCGACGAAUGAUAGCCCUUGGGAACUUUGGCAGUGUAUACCAUAUCGAUCUAGCGACGAGGAGAUCAACGUUUAUAAUGGCAUCUUCAGCCAUUUGGUUCAUCUGAUUAACCAGAAAAGCAAGCAAGGAUUGGCGUUGGCUGACGGAAUUCCUGUAGUUGCCAGUUAUCCGGGAAACGCUUUCAAAAUAGAGGUGGUCGCUGAACCGACUGUGUUAUUUUCACAGCGUACCACCGUUCAAGAAAAUGUAACAGCUAAAGCUGCCGUCGCCAGUGCUACUGCUAUACCAGAAGUAAGAUUCGACAUAGGAUCGAUUUAUGUCACGCUACUGCAUGAAGCAGCCGGAGCUAUUCAUUUGCUUCCUCUCGUUCGAGUUCGACUGGAAGAAGUACAAGGGUUGGCACAAGCCUCUUCCCAAAAGGCUAGGAUUAUUGGUGGAUGUAGUUCUAUUAUUGAGCACUACGAGGCGCAAACCAGUUCAUGGCUAGCAAUCGUUAAUCCUGUCAUGAUGGAGAUUAUUGGAAGCUCUCGUCUAGCACGCAAUGAAAGGAAGUUUCCAGUAUCUUUCUUUUGCCGGUUUAAAAAGGUGGAAGUUUUGUUGAGUGAGCUUUCGUUGGAUGCUUGCUUAUUUCUGAUCGGUGUCAUGGACUUGGCUGGACCUUACACUAUAAAGCAUUCUCCUGUGUUGGUGAACAGGUGCCAGAUCGAGAAUCAGACUGGACUUAACGUUCUGUUCCGUUUCGAUCGUGAAAGCGGCGCAGGGGAAGAAGGAAAAGUGAAUUCCUGGCAAACAAGUUCGUACUUGAUGAGACAUGUACGCUCUCGACGGGGUACAACUCCUGCGGAGGUUUCUCAUUCAGUUUCUAUUAGUCUUGAAAAGGCUGGCACCGGUUUGUCUUCAAGUAUGAACGUAUCGCUGGGCGAGCCUGGUGUUUUUGCUGGUCGAACACGCCUUGAGGCUUUUCAAGGAUCUCGUGUGAAUGCGCCUGGUCCAAUCGUUGUUAUUGACGUUUCUAAACAAAGCCAGGACGGGAUUUUCUUAACUGUAUCUCCCAUGGUGAAAAUUCACAACGCUACGGGUUUGGUGCUUCAGCUACGAUGUCGUCGGCCGAAGCAAGGCGAAGGUGGAGCGAUAGUAAGCCUUAAAGAUGGAGAUAUCAUUGACGAUUCCAUGGGUGCAUUUGAUGCGCUAAAUCUGGAAGGGGAGAUGAAAAAAGCUUUGUUGUCGUUUAAUGUUGGUAAUUUUCUGUUGUCUAUAAGACCAGAGAGUGUCGCAGAUGGAACAACGUAUGACUGGUCAGAAGACGUCAAAGGAGCCAAAGCUGUACGAGUUUCGGGACUGUUCGACAAGCUGCAAUAUAAUUUCAAGAAGACUCUCAAAAGCAAAAGCCUGGAGUCAUCCUUCGGCUCUGUAUUUUGCAAAGCUGUCAAUGCUUCUGGUACCAGCACGGCAGGAGUAAACUUCCUGAUUCGAACGCUAAGAAGACAGGUACCGGUGACCAGAUUAAGUGGCGAUCAACAGCAAAAGCGCUCUCUUAUUGCAUGGCAAGAGCAACAGGAACUACUGCUCUUGCCGACACUGAAAAUCUACAAUUUUCUAUCAUCUGGAGUCUACGUCCGGAUUAAUAGUACUAAAGAAGCUCUUGACGGUAACCCGAACGAAGUCUCAGUUGCUGGGAGAGGUGGGAAAUCGCUGCUGUAUGCUGACUUGAAUGCGUUAUUUUUGGUCAUCAAGGUCGAUGACCACGGAUUUGUCAGCCAUCCAAUUGACAUUAGCUCUGGUCAUAAGCGCUUUCAAGAGCUUGCAAAGAAAGGAGGAAGCGUCAAGGAUAUUGAUAUCGAGCUUGCUUUUAAAGAUGGCUCACAUUUGGCUACAUUGAAAGUCUACAGAGCUGAGGAUGGCGUCUUGGAGCUGGUUAUUUUUACCAAAUAUAUGUUGCAAAAUGAUAGUCAAGUUCCGAUUCUUGUUUGCGCUGCCAAAGCGCCCUCUAGAUGGCAAGGAAGGCGGGUACAAAAUUUACAGUGGCCACCAUCUGCGUCGACCCAUACCUUAAUUCCAGGCUCAUUCAUAUCCUGGUUUCCCAAGUCAAGCGAUCUUCUGAUGAAAAGACAAGAGGAGGGUUCUCAACCAUCUUGGAUCGACUUGAACGCCCUCUCAGGAUCAUCAGAAUUGAGCUUAGGUGUACGUACAGAGUACUUACUGGACAAGAUUCAGCUGGGAAUACGAGUACACGUUCCAUCCCAAAAAGAUUCUGACCCGUCACAUAUAGUGAGGCUAGCGGCAAGAUAUACCGUGGCAAAUGAGUCUACCAAGCCAAUAUUUGUUUGUCAAGCUGGGCUCGAGGAAGAGGAGAGCCAUUAUGUUUCUAUCGAUCCUAUGUGCAACGCAGCUGUUCAUGCACAGCAAAUGGACGUCUCGGACAAAGAAGAGAAGCCAUUGGACUGCUCAACAUUGUCUUUGCGUUUUCGACUUAAAGACGCAGGAUGGCGAUGGUCCGGUCGCAUAUGUGCUGCCUCACUUGGGUCAUUUUUCUUAAAGCUUCGGAGCUCAAGCCCCGGUUUUGUGGAAGACAAGAAGUGGAUAUUUGCAGUGGUUUAUGUGGAAGAGGAAGACUCGUCGCUGAUUAUUCAUUUCCGAUUGCACUCGAGAGAAGCUGUUCCAUAUCGCAUUGAAAACAGGCUUCAUACAAGUUCCAUUACGUUUCACCAGAAGGACAUGUCCGAGCCUGAUACUCUUCCAGCAAUGGCAUCUGCGGAUUACGUGUGGGACGACUUAAGUUUGCCUCAUAGGCUUGUUGUCUCUAUAGCAGGAACACAAGCGUGCAGCGAAAUAAACCUUGACAAAGUUAAAGCGUGGAAAUCUUUUGCCGCUUCUCAUCGUAGCAAAGGUUUCUCGCUGCAGCUUCCAUUUCAAGGAAAUGCCGGAGGAAAUGACCCUGACGACUUACUAGAUAUGGGGUAUGAAGUGUAUGCGGAUGGACCAACGCGUGUUCUGCGAGUAUGUCAGAAGGUGGACAGCACAAAGAAGAGCUAUUGGGAAUCAGAGUUGAGCAUUCCACGUUGCAAGGUGGAACUGAAAAUCCCAACCUUCAAAGUUAUCAUGUUAGAGGCGUCAAAGCAGAGGAUCGAAGAUUUAACCGCAGAAGAGCUAUCUGGCAGCUCUCCUUUUACGCCGUUUUUAUGCGCCAUUCUAGCCUCUUCUUCUAUUGAAACAUUCGUUACAUCGGACCAUGCUAUUUGUCAACUUCGAGUUCAGAGCCUUGGUGCUGACAUGAAAUGGCAAGGAGCUCCUUUUGCCGCAAUGCUUCGAAUUCACGAUCACGAUCGCCUCAACAGUACGACGACUGCGCUGCAUGCUGCUUUUGUACUUUCGAACUUGGUAGCUAAUCCCAUCCAAGCGAAAUAUGCGUCCAUAUUGAUACAGGCUUUUGACUUGAACAUCGACGAGGACACGUUAAUGAAGUUCGUGCCUUUCUAUCGGACCUCACUCUCUACAACGGGCAGUAGCUUGCAGAUCUACUUCGAGAGAUUUGAAAUACAUCCGAUCAAGAUUGUUGCAAGUUUUGUACCUGGACAUCCUCGUGCAGACUAUACCUCAGCUCAAGAAACAUUUCGUGCAUUGCUCCAUACCGUCAUAAAGUUGCCAUCCGUUCGAGGAGCUACUGUAGAACUGAACGGAGUCCUGCUUUCUCAUGCUCUUUUGACUUUUAAGCAGCUCGUGAUGAAGUGUUUUCAGCAUUAUUCAUGGUACGCCAUGAGAGCCAUCUACAUUGCAAGAGGGAGCAAACUCCUCCCUCCUGGAUUUUCAUCACUUUUUGACGACUCUGCAGCUUCUUCUCUUGAUGUGUUUUUCGAUCCUGCCAAUGGAUCAAUUGAUUUACAGGGACUUACUUUGGGCAUGUUCAAUUUACUAAGUAGAGGCUUGAGAAAGAGAGGACAGGGAGGGACCAGCCGCUACCUUGGGGAUCUUGAGAAUACUGUGAAAAAGGCAGGAUCCAACAUUGUUUUCGCUGUAGUGACGGAGCUAUCGGAUAACGUCCUCAAGGGGGCUGAGACAAACGGCUUCGAUGGCAUGGUUAACGGGUUUCGACGCGGGAUUCUUAAUGUGGCGAUGGAGCCACUCGUUCUUCAAAAAGCCGUCAUAAAAGGCGGUUCUACAAGACGUAUCCAACUAGAUCGCAGCGUUGGCACAGAUGAGGCUUAUAUUGAAGGAUAUAUUCAAGCAAUGUUGGACGCGCUUUUCAAACAAGACUAUCUCAAAGUAAAGGUCAUGGAAGACCUGGUGAUACUGAAAAAUUUGCCACCGAACAGCAUGCUUCUGAACGAGAUCGUCGCGUGCGUGAAAAACUUUUUGAUCAGUGAAGGCCUUCUUGCUGGAGAGGCAUCCAUAGCCGCAGUGAGGUCGAUGCGACUUUUGCGUGGAGAAAGUGAAAGAAAAGUUGUGCCCGCCGUUAUCUCAUUAUCCGAGCAGCUGCUGGUGAUUUUUGCAAUCAGAGGCUUAAGACAGUACACAAGAAAGCUGUUGCAUCUGCAAGGAGGGUCAGAGAAAGCAGCUUCUGAACCCGCUAAAGCGGUAGUUACUCAAGAACCUCCUCAACUGCCAAGACCGAGCUUCAAAAGGACGAUAAGCAACUUUUUUAUAUCAAGCGCAAUUGCCUACAUCGAUGGGAGACUGUGCCGGCACAUACCGAACGAGCUGGGCAGGAGAAUUGUGAGCGGCUUCCUGCUCAGUUUUGUGGAAUAGUACUGAGGAAAACAUAAAACUCACACGCUGUUCUAGGGUGUAUAGCGGCUUUCGUGUGCAAUGUCGCUACUUCGCCUCGACUCGUAUUGUAGUGCUUCUUUUGAUUCCGGGCGGAGUACCAAACAUGUGAGUAAUAUUUCUAGUAACGGAGGAACAAGGCGGAGAGCUGAGAAACAGCAGCGCAAGCAUUUGGUACUGGAAUCUUAUCGCACGCGCUUCACCAAAGCAUUAGAUGCAGAAAUGGUGGGCUUUGUCUGUAAAACUUUCUUAUUACAAUCACGUUUUGGCUUAAA